AUGGGCACACUGAGGUUGUGCUGGAGGGGCUGCAGCCUGCACCCAGCACUGUUCGAGGAGGGGUUUGAUGUGUCUGAGAGCGGCCAGAAGGCGCCGAUCCUUAAAAAACCUCGUCCUGAAGGGAAGAUCCCGGGAGCCAGGGACAGGCAAGACGCGGUCCCGUCCCCUCCCCCCCUCGUCUCUCCGCGGUGGUUUCGCCCUGUCCCCCCCCGCCCGCGUUGGUCGCGCCCGGCCGCCCUGCAGCACGCACCCUUCGCCGCGCCCCUUCGGCUGUACCAACUCAUCUCAGCGGGGGAGGAUGGAAGAGAGCGAGAGGCCCCGCUGAAUGGCAGCAGCGGGUCUGCGGCUCUCUCCGCUCUCUGUCUGAGAGUUGUAGAUAAGGGAAGCUGCGGAAGGCGCUUUGGGGAGAGCGAGAAGACGGGGAACGGGGCGGGAGGAGCCGCCGGGGCGCUGGGCGCUGCCGUGGCUGCUCUCUACACGGCCACGCUGCCGCCCGCUCUGCCCGGCGGGGAUGCGGGGGAGCUGAUCACAGCCGCAUAUGAGCUUGGAGUCGCCCACCCUCCUGGCUACCCCCUGUUCACGCUGCUGGCCAAAGUGGCCACGGGGCUGCCCGGCGGCUCCCCCGCCUUCCGAGUCAAUCUCCUCUGCGGCUUGGUGGGAGCAGCUGCUGCCUCGUUGCUUUUUUGCACGGUUUUCAGGCUUUCUGGCUCAUAUGCUGGAGGAAUCCUUGCUGCGGGGGUGUUUUCAUUUUCUCGUCUUACAUGGCAGUGGUCCAUCACAGCAGAGGUUUUCAGCUUAAACAAUCUGUUUGUGGGGCUGCUGAUGGCUCUCACUGCUCGUUUUGAGGAGGCAUCCACUGCAAAAGAAAGAUCAAAGAUCUCUAAAUUGGGUGCUUUUUGCUGUGGGCUCAGUCUGUGUAAUCAGCACACAAUUGUGCUUUAUGUCGUUUGUGUUGUGCCCUGGGUUCUCUCACGGCUUUUCAGAAAGAGGGAAUUGUCCCUAGGCCAUUUGCUGAAGUUGGGUUUAUGCUUCUUGACUGGUUUGCUGCCUUAUCUCUAUCUGCCGGCUUCGUCCUACCUCAGUCGAGCCCGCUGGACAUGGGGAGACCAGACGACUUUUCAAGGGUUUUUGACCCACUUUCUGAGGGAAGAAUAUGGGACAUUCAAUCUGGCCAAGUCCGAGACAGGAUCCAGUAUGGGAGAGAUGCUGCUUUUCCAGCUGGCACAGAUGAAGUCAGAGCUCUCCCCUCCCGUCCUUGCCCUGGCACUUGUGGCCUGUGUGAGCCCAGCACUGCUGAAAAAGCAUCAGAAGUCAUCUGUGAUCUGGCUGUUCACUGGAAUGCUCUGCCUUUAUUCCCUUUUCUUUGCUUGGAGAGCAAAUUUAGAUGUUACAAAGCCUCUGUUUCUAGGCGUGGUGGAGCGGUUCUGGCUGCAGAGCAGUGCUGUGGUGGCUGUGCUGGCAGGGCUGGGGCUGGCCACACUGGCCAGCCUUGGGAGGAGCACUGUGCUGGAGGGCACCUGGCUGCUGCCGUGCCUGGAGUGGCUUCCUGCUCUUGCCCUCGUUGCUUCUCAACUUUGGGCGAAUUACAGCACUUGUGAUCAGAGCAACAACUACGUUGUUGAUAAGUUUGCAAGGAACGUGCUAUCCUCCAUGCCAACAGGGGCAGUGAUCCUGCUGAGAGGAGACUUGCCUGGGAAUGCUCUUCGUUACCUUCAUUAUUGUGAGGGCAUGAGGCCAGAUAUCACCUUGGUGGAUCAGGAGAUGAUGACUUAUGAAUGGUAUUUACCCAAGCUGGCAAAGCAUUUACCUGGCGUUUAUUUUCCUGGGGACCGGUGGAAUCCUGUGGAAGGAGUAUUACCCGACGGGACACUCGCCUUUAAUCUCCAUCGUUUCCUCAAAGUAAAUAAACAUAAGGAAGUGUUUGUGUGCAUAGGUCUUCAUGAAGGGGAUUCGACCUGGAGAAGGAGCCACUCGCUCUGGCCCUGGGGUACAUGUGAGAAGUUGGUUCCUUCUGGAGCUGUGUUUGACCCAGGAGAGUGGAUUCGUCUCACAAGGAAUCUCUAUAACUGGACUGAGGACUAUGGCAGUUUCAGCCCCUCUUCCUGGGAAGCUGUUGCCAACGAGGAGAUGUGGCAAGCCAGGAUGAAAACAGCUUUCUUCAUCUUUGACCUAGCAGAAACAGCCAGUGUGACUACAGAAAUGAAAUCACAACUUUACACAUUUGCAUACACUUCGUACAGAGAAAUUGUCAACUCCCAUCCCCAUCACCCGGUGAACUGGCACAAGAACUACGCCAUCGCCUGCGAGAGGAUGCUGCGCCUCCGCCGGGGGGACGUGGAUCCCGAAACGCUGCUCUCCGAGGCUGUGAAACAUUUCCUGCUCUACACUGAGAAGGCAGAGGAUGAUCCCCAGCGCCAGGACAUCCUGCAGGCUGUGCAGCACCUCCGGGAAGAGCUGCAGGGGCUGAGGAGAAGGAAAGCGGAGCUGAGGCGCGCAGCUGGGUAGCGCCUGGUCCUGCUGAAGUGUUGAAGCCGGGACUUAAAAUCUGAAUUAGUUCUUGGCAGCGUGAGAGGGGUUUUAAAAGGUGACAGAAAUGGCAGCAGAGAGGAAAUCAGGUGUGAUCCCCUCUGCAGGAACACAGUGAUGUUUGAUUUCUGUUGCCAAAUGAACUUUUUUGGGGGUAGGGGAGAAGCUCACCACUAAAUAGCGGGUUUCAAAAAGGAGAGUUUUCUUUUACAAGAAAACUAUGAACUUGAACUGUGAAUAUAUAUGUUUUUUUAUGAAUGCAGCUUCCAUUCUAGAUGUAAAAAUGUAUUUAGCAUUUUAUUGCUUCCCCUGUUGCUGAGCAAAGAGGUUUCCUAAAGCCAUUUUUCAUUAGCUGUGCUGUGUCUGGGUGUUUUUGUGGUGGGUUUCCAGCAGGACAAGCUGUGGGAUGAUGCCCACCCCCCACAGGAGCCUGGUCAUUCACUGUUUUGGAUGUGCUCUGAACCCUGGCUGUGCCUGUGCCCAAGGGCACUGCAGAAUAAUAACCACAGAAUCCCAGAAUGGUUUGGGUU